AUGUCUUUGCUUCCACCUUCAUCUGGUUGUUUUGUAAGUCGCGAAGCCCUCAUUCAACAUGUCCAGGAACAUGCCUUUAGCAAUAGAUAUACUAAUGCAAAUCAUAACCAUGAGGCAUUAGAAGAUAUGUCAGGCCAUCCAUCAAGUCGACGAUUAAGCAUAGAAGAGCAACAAAAAGUCCAGCAAAUGUCUGCAUCAGGCAUCCGUCCUCGAGAAAUGCUUUCUACUCUUCGUCAAAACAACCCAAAUCUUGCUGCAAUCUCAAAGACUGUCUAUAAUACUCUGGAUAAGCUUAAACGUAACUAUCUUCAAGGUCGUAUACCAAUUCAAGCCCUUUUUGAUGAGCUUAAAGAAAAGAAUUUUGAAUAUGACUAA